AUGGCAAACUUUACAGACUCAUCUUCCCCUUCACCAGGGUAUGAUACCUAUGCUCACUAUGCCCAUAACUUAAUCCAAGCCUUUGAUAAUGAGCUGAAGGGCACAGAAACCCUCCCACCUAACAUACCAAGGUCAUUGACUGCUCCACUGAUUCAGAAUCAGGUAGCCAAUAUUAGCCCUGUAGGUCUGGUUGGAAUCCUGGACACAGUGAAUUAUCAGACAGCAGUCGAUAUUAACUCUACAAAACUGGUUGGAAUCCUGGGUGCAGGACCAGGCAGAUUAUACACAGCUUUGAUCCUCCAGGACCUCAGUAUUCCAUAUCGCAUCAUCAAUGCUCAAGGUAAAGUUGGAGGAAGACUCCUCACAUACAAAUUCCAAGAUGGAACAGGAUCACCCUACAAUUAUUUCAAUAUUGGUGCUAUGUGA